AUGCCGAACCUACGAUCCCCGGGCGGCGGACAGCAGCUCUCCCUGCUCGGCUCUUCCGCAAACGAGAACAUCACUGACAUUCAGCAAGCACCCCAGCAAGUUACGACCCCAUACCAUAAAAGGGAUGAAUGGCCGCCUGAACGUCUGGCCAAACUCUACAUGAUUCGUGUGCAGAACUCGAAGCUAAACUGGGAUGAAUUUCAGGAUAAAUUCUACCCCAAUUAUCAUACGCAAGUGAGAUUUAAGUUCUAUGAAGCGAGAAAGCUUGCGGCUCAAAAUGCACUGCCAAAUAUCUCCCCGGGGCAUCUUCCAAGCAACAUGCAGCCUCGGAGCCGCAAGGUGGGACGUCCGCUUGACAAGUUCUAUGGAGAAACCGAACCAGAGGAUUCCGGCACCGAAAGUGAGGGCGGUGACAUUAUGUAUCAUCCCGACAAUACCUCAGCGGGCAAUCAUGUCGCUAAGUCAAAAACCGCCUCAACCACAUCGACCCGCAGAAGCCUGAGACCCACCACCUCUUCUUCAAUGACCGGCCCAGGUGCACGCGCAACCAAGCGCCUGCGCACCAGCACGUCAUCCCACCCUCCAACGCCAUCUACAUAUGCAGAAAUCCCACACCUACCGCGCGGCCGCAAACCCGGGUCAUCGUCUGCAGCAAUUACUCGAUCCGCUUCUCUUGCUGGCUCCACCACCACCCCCGUCCUCUCCAGCUUCUCAACGCGUAUGCACCCGAAUGCAACCGCCCCAGUCCCAGCACCAGCAACAGCAACAGGACCGGCACCGGCACCAGCACUAGUACCAACAUUCACCGCCGCCGGAAACCCUGCCAGCGAAUUCGGCUCCAAAAUCCGUUUCGAUCGCCUCAACCUGUCCGACUGGACGUACAUCUACCAGCUCGCCAAAGCAUGUCCUGCCGAGCGCGAGCGCGCCGAUGCUCUCAGCUUGCGUGACCGCGACCACCUGCGGGUCAUCGCUGAGAUGCGGAGUCGCAUGGCGGAGAUGGAGGCGGAGAUGGAGGAAAUGAAGAGGAGAGUAGUGAUGCAGGAGGCUGCUUCUGCUGCUGCCGCUGCUGCCGCUGCUGCCGCCGCCGCCGUUCCUAUGACAGCUAGGACGGGGAAAGCGGAAGGCGACAGCGAGAUGCACGAGGGUCAGGGCCAGGGUCAGGGCCAACCCUCGCCGCCGCCACCACCACCCCCACCCCUACCACCACCAUCACUACUACCCCAAUCACCACCGUCACCACCGUCGUCGUCAUCAUCAGCCUUAUCGUCGUCGUUACUCCUACUCCAGAACCUAGCGGAUCCCACCUCAUCUUCAUUUCGUGCCACAAACACGCCAACAUCCACGUCCACAGUAACAGCCGCCGUCGUAGUAAAGACGGCCGCGCAAGUCUCCUCAACGCUGAAAGAGCGCACGACAGAGCUCACGGCGCUGUUCAACGUGCUGUGGAAAUCGAGUUUGAAAUUCAUCCCGCCGUUCCAGCUCGAGGAGAUGGGGAUGCAGCGCGGGUGCGAGGCGGUUUUGGGCAAGAUUGCAGAGAUCCACGGCGUUGCGGAGGAGUUGGGAAAGGUGGGGCGGGUGAUUCAGGUCGAGAGCGGGAGGGGCAUCGUUAGUGAGACUGGGAGUGGGACUGGGAGUGGGACUGGGAGUGAGGAAAAAAGAGGAGAUGAAGGUGUCAUUAACAGUAGUGUUGGUGGUGGUGGUUGUGAGGGAAGUGAUGGUAGUGUUGAUGGUGAUGACACGAGGCCUCCUUCGGAGCUCAAGGGUGAGAUGGAUUAG